UCAGGUUUGAGUUCUGGUAGUGCAUUUCUUUUCUGUUUCCAAUUUCCGGGGACACCCCCGCAAUGGAAAAUGCUGCGCGCCUGCCAAGUUGGUUUGAAAAGAUCAGACAAAGGCCGCAGGAAGCCCUCCGGCUGCCGGGCGUGAGAGCUCCGAUGGGGGCUGGGAGGGUGGCAGUAAUUAAAACAACGCAGGUCGGCAGGCCCGGGGAUUUAUAUAUACGGGUGUGAUUUCCUUGGCCUUUGAGAGCGAUGCGAGGCUAGCCGGGCGGCCGAGUUUCGGAGCCGGCCUUUUGUGAUGCGCCGAGCCGCCGGGGCUGCUGGCUGCUCGAAUCCGACUGCGCAACCAGGCGGGUCACGUGACGCGGCCCCGGGAUCGCGAGCUGAUCGAUCGGCGGAGGCAGCGCGAGGGAGCAGGGAGAGAGAGGCGGAGGGGCCGGCGGCAGGCAGCGCGGAAACAUGGAGACACACAUCUCGUGUCUCUUCCCCGAGAUCCUGGCCAUGAUCUUCAGCUACCUGGACGUCAGGGACAAAGGGCGAGCGGCGCAAGUGUGCACGGCUUGGAGAGACGCUGCCUAUCACAAAUCCGUUUGGAGAGGGGUUGAAGCCAAGUUGCAUUUGAGGAGAGCCAACCCUUCCCUUUUCCCCAGUCUCCAAGCGAGGGGCAUCAGGAGGGUGCAGAUUCUCAGCCUUCGGCGCAGCCUCAGCUAUGUGAUCCAAGGUAUGCCCAACAUCGAGAGCCUGAACCUGAGCGGCUGCUACAACUUGACGGACAUCGGCCUGGGGCACGCUUUCGUGCAAGAGAUCCCGUCCCUGAACGUCCUGAACCUGAGCCUUUGCAAACAGAUCACCGACAGCAGCCUGGGUAGGAUCGCACAGUAUCUGAAGAAUCUGGAGGUGCUGGAGCUGGGCGGCUGCAGCAAUAUCACCAAUACAGGCCUUCUGUUGAUUGCCUGGGGCUUGCACAGACUAAAGAGCUUGAAUUUGAGGAGCUGCCGGCACGUCUCGGAUGUAGGAAUCGGCCAUUUAGCAGGCAUGACUAGAAGCGCUGCGGAAGGCUGCCUAAACCUGGAAUAUCUGACUUUACAAGACUGUCAGAAACUCUCCGACCUCUCCUUAAAACACAUCUCCAAGGGCCUGACCAAACUCAAGGUACUGAAUUUGAGUUUCUGCGGUGGGAUUUCAGACGCGGGUAUGCUACAUCUUUCACACAUGACGAGUUUGUGGAGUCUCAACCUAAGGUCCUGUGAUAACAUCAGCGAUACCGGCAUUAUGCAUUUGGCCAUGGGCAGCUUGAGACUGAGCGGGUUGGACGUUUCCUUCUGCGAUAAGAUAGGCGACCAGAGCCUGGCUUAUAUCGCGCAAGGCUUGUAUCAGCUCAAAUCGCUCUCCCUUUGCUCCUGCCACAUAAGUGAUGACGGCAUCAACAAAAUGGCCCGGCAGAUGCACGAAUUAAGGACCCUAAAUAUCGGUCAGUGUGUGCGGAUUACAGACAAAGGACUGGAACUCAUAGCUGACCAUUUGACCCAGCUGACGGGCAUUGAUCUCUAUGGCUGCACAAAAAUCACCAAAAGGGGUUUGGAAAGAAUAACGCAAUUGCCCUGCCUUAAAGUUCUUAACCUGGGACUCUGGCAAAUGACUGAAAGUGAAAAAGUGAGGUGAAAUUGUUUUUUUUUUCCUUUAAGAACACUUGUGUCUCACCGCCAUUGCUGUCAAAACAAGAGUAUUGUUUUUUUUUCUCCAAAAAUUAUGAUUCUUAAACGACAGAAAACAAAACAAAAAAAGUGAUCGUUCUGUUGUAACUCGCAAGAUUUCUUUCCACACUGUGCUAUCGAAAAAGUUGCAGUAUCCCCACCCUUCAACAGUUUUCAUAACAACAAAAAAAAGUAAUUCUGACAUUGGUCACAGUUGUUUCUGGAAAUUGGUUCAUACUUUGUUUCGUAGAUGGUAUGCAUAUUGCUGAUAGACACAUUCAAGGCUACCUCGUUUUUUUUUGUGUGUGUGCCCUGAAAUUGAGGAGUUGCACAGUAAUACCUGUGCCUGGAGCAACGUUACCCUCCCUUACUGGUUAGUCUACAGCGUUACUACCCUUUUUUUUUGGGACAAAAAAAAAUAUAUAUAUACUAACUAUUCAAAGAAAAUAAGUUGGCUGGAAAAAUACAAGAAAUCAUGAAGCACACGAGGCAGGUUUUUGAGGUCUUAGCUGCACCCAAGUCAGAAUCGCGAACUAUAGUUUUAUGGAGAGAAAAAGUACUGAAUCUGGAACCUAGACGCCUUGUUCUGGCAGCUGUGCAGGUUUUUUUUUGGUCGACAUUUACUCCAGUUUUUUUUUGGGGGGGGUGGGGAGGAGACUUAUUCCCCUUUUUUUCCUGAGAUUACGAAAGCCUAUUCUACCUUAAGUAGGGGGAGCUCGUCAAGUGAAGACUCAUCGAUUCCCGAGGACCGAUUGCCUGUAAGGGCCAUGACGCAGAGACAGGCAGUUGCUGAAGGAAAAAAAAUAUCCUGCUGAUCAACCUAUAUUUGAAUUGUACUGUAUGUGAAUUUGUAAAUGAUACUUAAACGUUUUAUAUUCUUACAGUAAACGUUAAAAAGCUGAUAUUUAUAUAAUAAAGACGGGAAAAUAUGAAGUAUGUUUUGGAAAAAAAAGAUAAGUGUCAGUGCCCAUUGUGUGAUCAUUUUGAAAAGUACGGUGGUGGAGUGGGCCAAUGGCGUCCUGUCAGGGACGAGAUGCAGUCGAGGCCAGGGCAGCUUUGUGGAGCGCAGCGCCGAUCCGGCUUCCAAUUCACCCGGAUGGCCUUGCUCUGCACAUUUUAGACACCGUAUGCUGCGACUUUCCAGAUGAUUUCUGGCGCAUUUUUUUUAUUAAAAGGGGGAAGCAGUAGCAGCAGGGAAGUUAAUGGGCAGGGCCAGCCUGGCGCUGCAUUGUUGGGUAAAGUUAAAAAGCUACAGUGCUCGCCUUUUCUGCCUGCCCACUCAUGCAUACCAAAUAGCUUAGUGUGCGGCUCCCCCAGGAUUCUCCGCCCGCCUGCUUGCCUGCCCAUGCUGUUUUUUUUUAAGCAUUCCUAUCCAGUUCCGAGUGCGCUUAAUCAACUUUUUUUUUCAAGCAGAAAGGAACAAGGUUACUCCUAAAUUGACUAGGCCUUAGUAUUAAAAAAAAUCAAAUAUUUGCACGGGAAAUAAGUUCUCCAAAUUGCAAUGGAUCCCUGAUUUUUAAAAAUAUUUACAAAUACCGUGUAAUAAUUCAAAAUUGUGCUUUUUUAAACUGCAGAAUACUUUUGCGAUGUUCUAAUAGAUCAGAAUUUUGGUUUCAACAGGCAUUUUAAUAUAGUAAAACAACUUGAUGAUUGAAUCUGGCGGGGGGGGGGGGGAGAGAGGGAAGAGAUUUUUACUCCCAUAAACCUCUACCCGCCCCCUAAAAGGCUGGAGUUUUCCAGCCACCAUUUUAAUAAAUACUCCUGCAAUUUUUUUUGAGAUGGGUAAUGGCUGCAGGAUGCAAAAGGUAUAUUUCUGGCAUAAUGGGGAACAUAUAUAAUAGCAAGUCAUCAGGUAAUUGAUUCAAACAGUCACAAUGAUAAAAUAAGUCAUCAGGUAAAAUGAUUAAAUAUUCUGUGAGCUGCUAAAAUGUGUCCUACCCUAUUCUAUCAUGCUCGUUUAUAUUUUUAGCAUUAAAAACUGACAAUUCAGUUGAAACUAAAUGUCAUAUAUUAACUUUAUUUUGUUUGACCCAAAGCUCAGCACAAAAAUGCUUAAAAUGUUAGAGCUUAAUACUAAAGCCUUUCAAAAUUAGGACAACAUGAAGUUGUCUGAAAUGGAGUAUUAAGAAGAUUUUUCAAAUGAAAGUAAAUGGCAGAAGAGACAAAUGAAUGCCGGUACUCUUAUGACAGUGUUUCUGUUGCAUACGGAAAAUCUAAAAUAACAGUAUUGAUCACCUUCGGUAGGCAAUAUCUGAAUGGGCUUAACAGGAUAUUCGAAUUCGAAGAAAGCAAAAAUUGAGAGGGGAGAAUACGUGGCCUAAUGUUGUCUUGCAUCAAAACCUAAUGAUUUCAGCUAGCUGUCACGUGAGCUAUUUCCAACAGUUUAAUUGUCAUUUUUAUAUCUGACACCAUUUCAACUAUUUGGCUAGCUCGUGGCCUUUAGGGAAGGAAAGGUAUCAUUUUUAUCUGAUCUGUCCAAUCCUAUGUGUCUAGACUCAUCAGUAUAAAGAUUAGCUUGUCACAGGUGCACUGAAAUAUACAGUUGAGUGUUGUUUGCAUCAUAUCCAUGAGGAUUUGCUGGGUAGCCUGCAAAUGUCGCCAAGCUUCCAACAGCAGCAUAGCAUGCCUACAACUCUCUCACCCUAAAGGUACGAAUUUGGAAUGUGGGAGACAUCCCGGCACCUGGAGAAACCCCAGGCAGUCAUGGGGACAGCUCCUUACAGAGCGUGGAGGAAAACGAACCCCGCUCUUACAGCUGGUACUGUACAGCUUUGCGCUAACUGCUACGCUAUAAUGCUGCCCCUGGUCACCUAUGCCUAAAUAGUGGAAUGGGAUUGAUAAGGUGGCUUUAAAAACCAACAUGGAAUCAAUGGACCCCUGUUCUGUUAUAAGAAAACUAGAAAUUUUUUUACAUUUAUAAGAUAGCGAAUUUUAGAGGGUGUGAGGACAAUUACUUGUAAUGCUGAAGUCAGAUUGAGGAGCUGUGUGCAUUAAUUAUCCAGUGAAAUUACCCUGGCUAGAGGACACGUGGUUAAUUACUCCAAAAUGUGAAUUGUCACUUUCCCAUUUUUAAAAAUUAAUAUUGAAAUAUAUUUUAGCAUUCUAGUCAUAAAGAUACAGGAAGAGAAAUGCUAGUGAUGUUCAGAGCCCAUAAGCGAACAAGCCAACUGAUUCUAUUGGGAUUUUUAGAACCUGUAUUUAAAAUUCACCAGUACUAAAUCUGCCAUCACAUCUAAUUCAAGCACUUGUGAAAAAAACUGAUCUCAAUUAAUUUUGUAUUUUGCAGUAAACAUUGAAAAACAUCCCUUCCAAAAGGGAAGAAAAUGGCUGACAUUUCUAUGCACAAGUCUGCAUAAGGCUGAGGAUCAGCUAGGAAAGUGCAUUUAUGUUUAGGGCAGGCUUAAGUACGUGCAAAGAGGCAGAAUAAUUUGAAAUUGACAUCCUAUAGUUCCUUACUCCUUAAAAAAACUCUGCAAUCUGAUCCAUUGCUAAUAAUCAUUUCUGCUAAAUUGCCAUUUCCUAUUGAAAAAUUGAAUGUGCUUUUUGAACGUGUCCAUUAACAUCAAAAAUGCGUCGAGGCAUCUUGCAACAACUACAGCUUUCUCAGAAGAAAGGGAAUAGUGCUGAAUCCCAGUACUAAUAUUUGACAGCUGGGAGUGUCAAGGAACCAGAAAUGUAUAGACAUACAAAACAAGUCAGGCCUGAAGGGAACAAAAGGAGACAUAUGGAGAGGGAGGAUCAAAUACAAGUGCAGAGAGGAAGUCCAGACAGAAUCAUUCAUGGCUCUGGAUAUAAAAGACAUGAAUCCAAGGUAUGAUAUAAAUAAUUUGGUCUAUAAAUUUUAUAGUUUGAAUACUAAUUUUAUCUUCAAAACUAACUAAUUAUUAAUGAAGAAAACAAAAGGUUCAAACAUGCUCAUGUAUUACAGCAGCCUGUGUGAUACUUAAAUCUCAUGUUUUGAAUGCAGGAUUGAAGUUUGAGUCGCUAUGCUUUUCAUAACGCAUUGGAAAUAAACACCACGGCAGUAUUAUGUCUGAACAUGCAGAAUUGUUAAGCAGGAAAAGACUAGCUGCUUCAUCAAGUCUGGGUGACUUCGCGGAUACAGAAUCUUUAAGGUUACACACUUCACCCCUCCUUCACCUUACGUUCACUUCUGGAAUCGUAAUUUUUUGGACAUUUUUAAAUUUCAGAACCAAUGAAGGAAAAUUUGCUACAAAUAAGUUAUCAUUUAAUCUACUCAAGAUUGAAACUAAAUGUUACCUAUAAAAAUUCUUACCUUUUAUAUCGUCCUGUCUCUAUUCCAAUCAGCAACUAGUCCAGGUUCCUCUUGAAGACAGGCAAGAAAUUGUGACCAACACCAUCAGACAAGACUGUCCUCCAAAAUUUCUUAAUUCUGUAGGAAAUACUUCAAUAUGUUGUCUAACAUCCGGCCUAUAUUUAUCUAAUACUUAGCUUAAUCUAUAUUCUACUCCUCCCAUGUCUGUUAUGCUGGAAUAGAAACAAACUAGGAACUCUAUCCAGCCCUUUAAUUAUUUUAUAGGCUCUCUUGUAUGACUUCUAAGUCUAUGCUGCUCUGAAGUAAAUAAGACAAGGUCCUUGAUCCUAUCUGGGUAUUGGUUUAAGCUAUGAAUCAUUCUAAUGGUUCUGCAUCAGAAUUUUCCUUCUUGAAUCUCAAGGAACCUGUGAUCAUUAAAACCAAGAUCUUUAUUUCACCCAGCCUCCUGCAGUAAUAUUCUUUGGAUAUAUAUUAAUGCCACAUUGGUUCUGUAAACAUACGUGAUAAUCAUUUUAUCCAAAGCAAAUAUCUAUUUAGUUCUACUUUGAUAAGGUGAUCAUUCAGGAUGACACAGUUCAUUCUGAAGGGCACAUGAUAUCUAAUGUCAUUGGCAUUACAUCUGUUUGAUCUCUCCAUAGCUUCUGAUAUGAUUGAAAAAAAUUGUCCUUUCUGCAAAUUUGUACCACUGUUCUUUAACUAUUACAUGUCUCCAUGUUCCAAUUUAGGGGAGUUUUUGGAGGUAAAAACAGAAUGGGUUUGGACAAUUACUGGGUGAUCUGGAGAAACAGUUUCACAGAAAAAAGGGGACAGAUUAAAAAUGAGGUGAUGAAAACAUAACGUCUAAAUUAUCUUUUGACUGGAUAGAAAUAGCAUUUCAGUCAUUACUGCAAUCCAAUCAUUGGGUGACAGAUGCAGACAAAUAAAAGUAACCAGUUUGACUCCUGGGAUGUAGGUUUGUUGUACAAAGAGAUAUUGAACGAACAAGGCAUAUACUGCCUCAAAGUUAGAAGAAUAAAAGGGGCUCAUAUUCAAAUGUACAAAUUUCUUAGAGUGUUAGACAUGUGAGAUGUGAAAUUGAUGUUUCCCCUGGUUGAAAUGUCAGGAACCAGGGGACACAAUCUUAAAGGCUUGGACAGUCAGGACCAAGUGGAUGAAAAAUUUCUUUAACCAAAAGUAGUGUAAUUUGGAAUUCUCUGCCCAAGUGAGUUGUGAAGGCUAGGUCAGUGAAUAUAUACAAGGCAGAGAUAAAUAUAUUUUUAAAUAUUAAAGGAUUCAAGAAACAGAGGAUUAGUGUAUGGAAGUGGUGCUGAGGAGAACAAUCGGCCCUGAUCUUACUGAAUGAAAGAAUAGGAAUUAAGGGCUGAAUGGCCUACUUGUGUUCUUUUUCUUAUAGUAAUCCACAAACUAAUAUUAACUAGUCUAAAAUACUAGUCUAAAAUCCUCCCUUUAUGUAGACAAACAGCAGGGGACCAGUGGCACUUCUCCAGAAUCAGAAAAGCAAAUGAAGUUGAGCUUUUUUCCUACGUCAUGGAUGAGGGACAUACUAGAGAUAACACAAGCCUGUCUUCAUGGCCUACAAUAAUCCAAGCCUGCCCAUAAUUAUUAAAUAUGAUUAUUGUGCUGUGUCCCUUCAUAGGCUUUAUUUGCUCAUUAAACUUCCUACAGUAAAUGUCAGUUUGUGGCCAAAUUUGUCAGGAGCUUUGUGUGUUCUCUAACAAAUUAAUCUGCUGUUAAUUUGUCAGGAGGUGCACUUUCCACCAGAAAGUGCUUGACUGCUGUUUCUUAGUUUUUCUUGGGCUUGUGAUUGGUUCAAUGUUCAAAGUAAAUUUAUUGUCAAAGUACAUAUAUGCUACCACAUAUUAUCUUGAGAUUCAUUUUCUUGCAGGCAUUUAUGGGGAAAAAGUAAAUAGAAUUUUACAAAAAUCUAUACAUGAACAGAUUAAGACUGACAAAUACCAAUGUGAAAAAGUCAAACUGUGCAAAUAAAAUUUAUACUGUGAACAUGAGUUGUAAAGAGGGCUUGAAAGUGAGUCUAUAGGCAGUCGAAUCAGUUCAGAGUAGUGGUGAAUGAAGUUAUCCACACCGGCUCAAGAGCCUGAUUGGUUUUGCAGUCUGUACAGCGUACACAGUCCCAAGGCUGGAGAUAGUCUAAAUAAUCAGACACAAGGACUGUUCGCAAACUGUCCAAAAGCAAACUGUUGUAAUCUGGUAGGAGUGAAUCCUUAAACUGUUCCCAAAGUCACUUCAGGCCUCACUGAAUGUGAGAGAGGGUUUCUAAAGAUGAUGACAGGCAUUGAUCGUGUGGAUAGUCAGAGGCUUUUUCCCCAGGGCUGAAAAGGUUGUCACAAGAGGACACAGGUUUAAGGUACUGGAGAGUGAGUACAGAGGAGAUGUCAGGGGUAAGGUUUUUACUCAGAGAGUGGUGAGUGAGUGGAAUGGGCUGCCAGCAACAGUGGUGGAGGUGGAUACGAUAGGGUCUUUUAAGAGACUCCUGGAUAGGUACAUGGAUCUUAAAAAAUAGAGGGCUAUGGGUAAGCCUAAUUUCUAAGGUAGGGACAUGUUUGGCACAACUUUGUGGGCCAAAGGGCCUGUAUUGUGCUGUAGGUUUUCUAUGUUUCUAUGUUUAAAUUAAGCAAGUGAAUGCAUUCAUUUAGAAAUCUUAAGCACAAAAAUGGUCAUCUCAUAUUCUUGUGAAAGUUGACUUCAAAAACCAUUACCUGCUGUUAUCAUCACUGGCCUGCUUCCUUCCACAGCUCCUAACCUCUAUCCUACACUACUAAAGAAAAUUACCCGCACAGUUCUGCUGUGAUUAAUUGUCACCUUUGGAAAUUGCACCAUUCCUACAUAUUACUUAGCAAGGUACAAGGUAGGGAAAUUUAAAUAUUACAACAAGCUGGCUCUAUUUUAUAGCCCAACUGUUGCACAGGGUGACUGAGGAGAACCCAAGUGCAGGACACAACACGUCGACUGAGUUGGGGAUGCUGGCAUAGAUGUGAACGUAGAACAGCCAACCGGAGGAAUCUUGACAAGGAGACGGGAUUUACAGGGACUAUCUUGAAACUACAGCUGAACUUAAAACUUAACGGUUCUAAUCGGACAAGGGAACAAAGUAUCACACAAGAAUAGACCAACAAACUGGCAACCUGUGAUAGUGAUGCCAUCAUACUUAUUUCACAGUCUCUGAUGAAAACCAGGUAUACUGUAAUUAAGUAAACUAGCAGCAAUUGAAAAUCUAAUGACUGAAAUUAAGGCAUAAUCAGGGAGAAAGGAGCGUUAGAGGGGAACAGCCAACCAGAAUCAUGACACCAUCUCCUCUGUGGACAGAUACAUGGUGUACAUUCUCUGCCCCAUAAAGCUACCAUCUACCCCAAAUACAGUUUGUAAAUCUA